GACGUCAAUACUGUGCGCCUGGUGUUUACAGGAAACCGUCAAAAAAACACCAGACACCAAACAGCAGCUGUUUUAAACCUUGAAACAGGAGAGUUGUUUUUUAUUUUAUUACGUAUGCAUGUCCGAGUAUUAAGAGGAUCAUGUCAUCAAACACCUGCAGUCUGGGGCGUCGAUUUUGUGGUUGACUGUUCGUGUGAUUGGAAGAUGUGGAGGUUGUUAGGAAGUGAAAAUCAGCUGGAGAGCAGCUCGUUUUAAAGCCACAUGCCAGGUUGAAAGUGUCUCGAUGUGAUGGAUGAAGCUCUGGAGACGCUUGGUGAGCAGCUGUACACCAGGAUCUACUCCAAACACAAAGAGGCUGCUGGGAAACUCACAGGUAUGUUGCUGGAGCUGCCAGGUCCUGUGCUGAGGCAGAUGCUGCAGGACGAGGCCAUGCUGACCGCUGCUGUGGAGAAAGCCCUCAGAGCCCUGCAGCUGGAACAGGAGCCAAGCAGCAGGGUAUCGUGUAAGGAGGAGGACAAUGUGUCAGCGUCCUCUGACUCUCUCGGGGAGCAGCUAUUUGAGUUGGUGGACGUCUACAACACUGGUCACUCUCAGAAAAUCACAGGGAUGCUUCUGGAGCAGCACAAAGAAGCAGUUUCAAACCUUCUGUCAGAUCCCAAACUGCUGGAGGAGCAGGUGCACGUCGCAUUGGAGACACUAAAGGAGCAGAACGAGGAGACAGACUUCAGCGACGUGUCGGACGCCGACGACACAGAGAAACUGGGAGAGAGGCUCUUCUCACUGGUGGAGGAGUUGGAUUCUCUUCAUGCAAAUGAUAUUACAGGGAUGCUACUGGAGAUGGAGCCAGCUGUUCUCCGGCAGCUGCUCAGCGACCAUGUGAUGCUGGAGGCUGCUGUUAGGAAAGCACAAUCGGUUCUGGACACUGGACAAUGACAUUUAACACGCAGAAGAACAAAUUAAUCAAUGAUUGACCUGGAUGAACUCUUAUCACGUAUCCAGGCUGUGAUCAGGAAGUUGAAUCGUGGAGGGUUGAGGUUUGACUGGACCAACUGUAAAUAACCGUUAAACCUCUCUUCAGCUGAAACGAAGCCAAUUCUGCCACUUUAUAAUACGGGUGCUCUCUUUGCCAACAUUUUUAUUUCUGAGAUAAAAAAGACUCAACAAAAGUGCCACACAAGUGUCAAAUUAAAUAUUUAUCAGAGGAAAACAUUUGCUGUAUGAAAGGAUUUACUUGUGUGGUUUUAAGACGUUCAUGUUCACCAGAGGAUAAAUGCUACUGACUUUGUUAAUCCCCUGAUUUUUUCUGCACACAAUGUUGAUGAAUCUGACUAACUUGGUGAUCACUCAACUUCUGAAUCAAGUGCCAUCAUCAAGUUAAAUUGUCCAAUUCUGUUGUUUUAUGAUGAAAUAACAGAAACUAAUGGAAUGCCCCUCCCCCUCAGCUGUCCUAACGUUAAUUAGCUGAUGUUAGCAUGCUAAAACACAUAAAUGGUGAAAAUGCAGUAACAUUGGAACUUUAAUAAAAUGUUUAUUUUAUCAAAUUUAGUAAAAAAUAUGUUUUUCUCAUGCA